AUGGACAUGCUUGACUUACAAUGCAUCAUCUUACCCCGUCAUCAGAGAAGACGAUGUAGAGCAUUGACGGGGUACUUAGGAGUACGAAAGAGACCAUCAGGACGUUAUGCGGCGGAGAUUAGAAACCCUUCUACUAAAAAAAGACAUUGGUUAGGCACAUUUGAUACACCAGAAGAAGCAGCAGUGGCUUAUGACAUGUCUUCAAUCACCUUUAGAGGUAUCGAGAAAGCUCAGACUAAUUUUUGCUAUAAGUUUCUCACUAUGUCUUCUCCAUCUCCUCCAUCACCGCCACCAUCACCUCUUUCUUCGGAAAAGGAGAAGAAAUAUUGUUCUGAAGAUAACUUGGAGAUUAAUGAUGAUCAUGAUCAUUUGGUUGAUAGAGAUGACGAUUGGAUCAAUAUUACCACCAUUUUGCAGAGUUUUUGUCAAUCAAAUGCAUUACCUUCGUCUUUAAUACUGUAA